GCUAGGCUGACGCCACGGCACUCUAGCCUGGGCAACAGAGAGAGACUCUUUCUCAAAACAAAAAACCACAAUGCAAAGACAGUGCACAGCCUGGGUUCCCCACAGCCCUAUGGUCAGACCCUACUCCUGAAACCUGAUUUCACCGUUGCCUUUGGUAUCCCUAAGACAAGAUCCUUGUAAUAAAAAUCCCUGUUUUGGCUUACGUUCACCUGAGUUUUCUGCUUGCAACCAAGCUGGUCCUAAACACAAUAAUGAGGCUUUGCAGAGACAAGCGGCCUGUUUUCUGUGUGUGAUGAUUACUACUAUCUUUUGGAGAGAGAAACUGAGCCCAGAGAAAAACCAGGACUUGCUCAAGAUUGCACAGUGGUGUCAGUUUCAGAACUAAGUCAUCAACUCAGGCCCACGUGAGUCCACUUAAGGAAGCCCCUGAAGAUGGAGCCCCUACAUGGGCUGCCUGGGCCCCUCAGGACUGAGCACACAGAGAUCCUCAGCGUAGCUGUAGAUCUUAUUAGGAGCUUUCUCUUAGCGCCGUUUCGGGAAGGCAUCGUGCUGGGCAGCUGAGGCCAGACCCCUGGAUGCUAAAGUCGCUGCCCUUGGCCCUGUCCAAGAGAGACGAUGGGUCCAGGAGUUUUCAUGGGGGGUGGGGGCUGUGUUAGCGCCGCCAGUGCUGAGGACUGAGGUCACAAUGAGUCCAAUCCAAGUUCUUUUUUUCCUUCCUCCUUUGAGAGCCCCUCCACCUCUACAACCAGGAACUCCUGCCGCCAAGCCCAAGUGAGGGAUGCCAGGAGGCUGCCUGGGGCUCAAGGGCUGGGCUGGACUCCUGGGUGCCUAAGGGGGAUAUAUGUUCAGAUGGCCUUGCCUCAAGGCGCCUCCAUUCCCAGAGCUCCGUUCCUCCGGGCGGCUUCUCGACGCCUGAAAGGGUUUGGCCCGGCGCGCCCGGCGUCGACCCCAGCCUGGGCCGAGGGGGCGGAGCCGCACCGCGGAGGCGAGUCCUGAGAGGCGGGCCCAGCGCGGGCGGAGACUGACACCGAGCCAGGGGCGGGGCCUCGCGCUCGGGGGCGGAGUCGGGGAUUGGAGAGGAUACUUAUCUGGCCCAGAAAAAGGCGCUUAGGCCCGGGACUCGCGGCCAGGGUCCCAUCCAUCGAGGAUAGAGGGCGGCCUCGCGGACCAGGGGCAGCCGCGCGGAGGGGCGGGCCCUUCGCCGAAGGGCGGGGCCGAGCCCGGAAGGUGGCGUCGGCCCGCAGGCGGCCCUCCCGGGGCCACAUCGCUGUGGUGGUGGACCCCGGCUCGGGCUUCAGCAAGGCGGGCUUCGCGGGCGAGGACCAGCCGCGCGUCGUGCUGAAGAGCUCCAGUCUGGUGCCCAGCUGGGACCGGCCCGCGCUGCCCGGCGCUCCCGGCUGCGAGCUGGCGGGCGGCGUGGCGCGGGCGCACCCCAUCAAGCACGGCGUGGUGGUGGACUGGGAAGCGCUGGAAGGGCUGUGGGAGCGCCUGCUGGUGGGCGGCCUGCGGGUGUGCCCAGAGCAGUGGCCGGUGCUGGUGUGCGACUCGCCAUCGGCACCGCCCGCGAGCCGCGAGAGGGUGGCCGAGCUGCUGUUCGAGGCCCUGGCAGUGCCCGCGUGCCACAUGGCCAGCACCGCGCUGUUGGCGCUCUGCUCCACCGGCGCGUUCACCGGGCUGGCAGUGGAGGCGGGCGCGGGCGUGUGCCACGCAACGCCCAUCUAUGCGGGCCACUCGUGGCACGAGGCCACCUUCCGGCUGGACGUUGCAGGCAGCACCCUGUCGCGCUACCUGCGGGAGCUGCUGGUAUCAGGGUGCCCCGACCUCCAGGGGCAGGCCCUGUCUCGCAAGGCCGUCACAGAGCUCAAAAAGCGCUGCUGCUACGUGUCACUGGACUUCAAGCGCGAUCUGCAAAACCCUGCCCGCCACCGUCCGGCCAGCUUCUUAAUGCGUAAUGGGUGUUCCAUCCGCCUAAGCAGCGAGCGCUUCUGCUGCCCGGAGCCCAUCUUCCAUCCGGGCCUGGUAGGCCAUGUUGAGCCGGGACUGCACGUGCUGGCCUUCGAAGCACUGAAGAAGAUGCCCGCAACACUGCGGGCGCGGCUGGCUCACACCGUGGUGCUGGCCGGAGGCUCCACUCUUUUCCCUGGCUUCGCCGAGCGCCUGUGCAAGGAGCUGGAGGCGCAGUGCCAGGGGAACGGCUUCACGGCCCUGCGGCCCCACCUGGUGGCCAAGCCCCGGCGUGGCACGGCCGUAUGGACAGGCGGCUCCAUGGUGGCCUCCUUGGGCUCCUUCCAACGUAGCUGGAUGACCCGGGGCAUGUACCAGGAGUGUGGCUCCAGGUUGGUGCACGAAGUGUUCAACUGAGUCAGGCUGGACUGGAGGGGGUGGUGCCACGGGGGCUGCAGAGCCCUUGGGCACUAGGUGCAGCUCUAUCAGAAGCACUGAGUGCCAGAUAAAGAGUCUCAUGUUUGGA